AUCUGAUCCAACCACCUCCACCAAAGAUGUUGCGUCUGACUCCGGCUGCCCGGCUGGGUGCUUUGCACCUGAGCGGCGCUCGUCUGGUCCAGGCGUCUGCUCCGCGUUUCGUGCACACGUCGGGGAAGCGCCUGAGUUCGUACGGCAGCGGUGCGAUUGGCGUGCGCAUCGGUACGUACAUCACCAACUUCUACUUUCCGUUCGCCGCCGUAUCCGCGUUUCUGCUCCUCAUCUUCAUCCCGGGAUACAAGUGGGUCAGGGCCGAGAUAGAGAACUGGCUCGAUGUAAGCUGAGCUGCAACGACAUCACACUACACCACACUACACACACUGCACAAAGGCCAACAAACAGCGUCACAGCUACAGCCUCUCAUGUCGGUGCUGAUUGGCUGUGUUUCUGUGUGUGUGCGUGUGUGGUGCAGGAGAGACGCGGAGACAAUUUCUGACUGAUUGUCAGAGGUGUGCCACAGGUGCGCGGUGGGAAACGGAUCAUGUGAGGGAAUUCUUUCGACGGGCGGGCGGGAGGGAGGAGGGAGGGGGUGCAGUUGCGCGUGGGUGAAGGGAAGCCCAUGGCAGGCUAUGCGGUUGAGUGUGGUGUGUGGCUGUACGUACAAUGAUUGCCGUUUGUGCGUCUGACCUGACGUGCGCAUGUCCGGACAAGAGCAGACAGUGCCUCCCUUCUAUCCUCCUUGUGUGUGUACUGACUGGGAGGGAGGGAGGGAGCUUUCAACAUGUGAGCGAGAGCGUUUUCCUCUCUGCUGCAGUUGCGUGUGAGGCAACAACACAACACCAUCAUGACGCUGGCUGGCUGUGUCGUGUCGUGUCGUGUCGUGUCGUGUCGUGUCGUGAAGGAACCAUUCGUUCGUCAGUAGAUCAGAUCAAAACACUGACGAGAGUCAUGACCACAAGACACACACAUACAUAUCAACCGGCACACGC